UAGUCUACAAAGCAUCCCAUUUCAAUACAAACCUUCUUCAUCCAUAUUUUUGAUUUCUACUCAAGAGUUCCAAUGGCUGCAUCAACAAUGACUCUCUCGCCUUCUUCGUUGGCCGGGCAGGCCGUGAAGGUUGCCCUCUCAACCUCUAAGUUGCUUGGUGAAGGACGAGUCACCAUGCGAAAAAGUGCGGUCAAGCCCAAAACUGUUUCAUCUGGCAGCCCAUGGUAUGGUCCAGACAGGGUCAAGUACUUGGGCCCAUUCUCUGGUGAGGCUCCAUCAUACCUUACAGGCGAAUUCCCAGGUGACUACGGUUGGGACACAGCUGGACUCUCAGCAGACCCUGAGACUUUUGCUAAGAACCGUGAGCUUGAAGUCAUCCACUGCAGAUGGGCCAUGCUUGGAGCACUAGGAUGCGUCUUCCCGGAGCUUUUGGCCCGCAAUGGUGUCAAGUUUGGCGAAGCCGUGUGGUUCAAGGCCGGAUCACAAAUCUUUAGCGAGGGUGGGCUAGACUAUUUGGGGAACCCAAAUUUGGUACAUGCACAAAGCAUAUUAGCCAUUUGGGCCACCCAAGUGAUCUUGAUGGGCGCAGUAGAGGGUUAUAGAAUUGCUGGUGGGCCACUUGGAGAGGUUGUCGACCCUUUGUACCCUGGAGGAAGCUUUGAUCCGUUGGGCUUGGCGGACGAUCCCGAGGCUUUCGCGGAGUUGAAGGUGAAGGAGAUUAAGAAUGGAAGGUUGGCUAUGUUCUCAAUGUUCGGGUUCUAUGUUCAAGCUAUAGUCACAGGAAAAGGCCCACUAGAGAACCUGGCUGACCACCUAGCUGAUCCAGUUAGCAACAAUGCAUGGGCUUAUGCCACCAACUUUGUUCCCGGAAAAUGAGAUCAUUAGAUUGAAAUAUGGUUUUUAAAGUGUUUUUAAGAUGGGUGAAUUUGAGUUUGUAAAGUAUCAUCCAGCCGACAAAGAUCUCUUUUAAGGAAUAUGGUGGUUGAAAUACAUGAUGGUUGUACUCUUGUUGUAUUGAGUGUGUGUAUGUAUGUAUACAUAUAAUAAAAAGUAAUUAUCUUCAGAAUUUA